GGCAUCGCGCAGAGCGCAGGUCUGGAUGAAGGCAGCUCACUCCCACACUCAGCUACUCAGGACGAUGGCGGCCAGUGAGAAUGAAAAGCGAAGUGUGGAGCUCAGUGGCCAUGUGGGGUUUGACAGUCUUCCAGAUCAGCUGGUCAGUAAGUCAGUUGCACAAGGAUUCUGCUUCAACAUCCUCUGCGUAGGUGAGACAGGGAUAGGCAAGUCUACGCUGAUGAACACUCUGUUCAAUACAACUUUUGAAAAUGAGGAAGUCAGCCACUAUGAAGAAGAAGUAACGCUGCGUUCUCAGACAUGUGAUCUGCAAGAGAGCAAUGUCAAACUCAGGCUGACCAUUGUGCACACGGUUGGGUUCGGGGAUCAAAUCAACAGAGAGGAAAGCUGCAAACCUAUUCUUGAUUACAUUGAUGCCCAGUUUGAGAAAUAUCUUGAGGAGGAGCUAAAAAUAAGACGUUCCUUGUGCACCUAUCAUGAUACCAGGAUACAUACAUGUUUGUAUUUUAUUGCUCCCACUGGACAUUCUCUGAAGUCCCUCGAUCUCAUCACAAUGAAGAAGCUGGACAGCAAGGUGAACCUCAUCCCCGUUAUUGCAAAGUCAGACACUGUAACCAGGAGUGAACUGGACAAGUUAAAGCGUAGGAUUAUGAGUGAGCUGGUCAGCAACGGAGUGCAAAUAUAUAACUUUCCUACAGAGGAUGAGGCCGUUUCAGAGAUCAACUGUUCCAUGAAUAAUCUUCUUCCCUUUGCUGUGGUCGGAAGCACUGACGAUGUAAAAGUGGGGAAUAAGAUGGUGAAAGCAAGGCUGUUCCCCUGGGGAUCAGUACAGGUGGAAAAUGAAAACCAUUGUGAUUUCGUGAAGCUGAGAGAGAUGCUGCUACGUGUUAAUAUGGAAGAUCUCUAUGAGCAAACGCACACUCAUCAUUAUGAGCUGUACCGUCGCUGUAAGCUCGAGGAAAUGGGUUUCAAGGACACAGGCCCGGACAACCAUUCAUUCAGUCUUCAGGAGACGUAUAAAGCCAAGAAGAAGGAGUUUUUCAUAGAGCGACAGCAAAAAGAGGAAUCCAUGAGGCAGAUGUUUGUCAACAAGGUCAAGGAGGCAGAAGUUGAGCUCAAGGAAAAGGAGAAAGAGCUUCAUGAUAGAUUUGAACAGCUAAAGACCAAGCACCAGGAAGAAAAGAAAAAUCUGGAAGAGAAAAGACGGGAACUGGAAGAGGAGAUGAAUGCCUUCAAUAGAAGAAAGGUGGCAGCUGAAACACUGAUGGGACAGGCACUCCAAGGAUGCUCUCAGCAGCCAUUCAAAAAGGACAAGGACAAGAAGAAUUGAUUCAUGGAUCAAAACAUCUAAGGAAACCAGGAAUGUGUCCGCCGUCAGCAUGGAAUAAGCAGACUGUCUUGUCUGAUGUUAUUUACUGAUUGUACAUGUAGAGUGACUAACAUGCUGGCUAGCCACUGUGUAUGAAUAAAAAAAAAAUUAGCAUUGUUCAGUGAAAUUGUUUUGUUCCUAAUGCUGACUGUGAUUGACACAUAACAAAUCCAUGAAGAGUUUUCAUAAUGCAUGUUUUUUGUGUAAUUUUUUUUCUUCUCUUUUAGGUUAUUACAUUGAAUGUGUGUUUUUAUCUGCAGAUGAAAAUAUGAGUCUCAGGUUCUCAGUGAAGUACUAAUAGGACUUAAUAGAAACUGUUCAGUUACUGACUGAACUCAGAUUGUGAGAUAUCGUAUAUUAUUAACCUUGUACAAGUUUUUUUGUACUUGCUAAUACAAAUGUUUACAUUGUACUGUCUCAUGUAUGUACACACACGUGUCUUUUUUUAACCGUUGAAAUUUUAUAAGAUGAUUAAAUCAUCUAAACACAAGUCUAUGCAAAGUUAUAAAGAACAGCAUUUAACAAAUUUACAAAGAGUCUGGAGCUGAGAUAAUCUUUUGUCUUUAUUUACAUUCAAAUAAAGAAAGAGGAUGGAAAAAAGAAUGCAGCUUUGGUCCAUCUGUCACCUGCGUUUGUGUCUCUUCAUCUCCUUCAGUGCUCUGUGACUGCCAUCACACACCCAUUUGGAUGAGUUUGAACAUUUCACAUUGCAGCCAUUGUUUUCAUGACACAUCUGUCACUGUUUUGUUGAAAGGUGUUCCUUUGACAGCAGUAUCUUUCUGCUCAAAGUUUUGUUUAUUUUUCUCCUCAGACCGUGGCAGUAAGCUCAAUACAUAGCAAAAUGCUUUUAUUGACAUUUACACCAAAUGAUAGCAUUCCAUGUGUAUUGAUGGUUUUUCUUAUUGACUGCCGCCUUUUCAGAUAAAUGACCUGCUUUUUCUUUC